UUGUCAGCACUGCUUUCUGGGUAAAGGGUCCUAAAAUUUUGAAGAGCGCAUGCGUACGCUCUCUCGUUCCUUUUACCUCGUUGCAACCGAGAAAGCAACAUGGGUCACCAGCAGCUCUACUGGAGCCAUCCGAGAAAAUUCGGCCAGGGUUCUCGCUCUUGCCGGGUCUGCUCAAACCGGCACGGUCUGAUCCGGAAAUACGGCCUCAAUAUGUGCCGCCAGUGUUUCCGCCAGUAUGCGAAGGACAUCGGCUUCAUUAAGUUGGACUAACUGAACUUCCUUAUAUGGCUCAUCCAGCACAUCACCCCUAGGUGGAAAUAAUACUAGCUCUUUGUAUGUAAAAUAAAAGUUUUCAAAACUUCAA